AUGAGCACACCAUCAGCAUUUCAGCUUAAGCCCGUGCAAAUUGCACUCAUUCAACUCGGACGCAUUGGUCCUGAUAAGAUGGCCAAUCUACGCCAUGCUCGUUCCAUGGUCGUGGAGGCCAAUAAAUCUGCGCCCAAUGGCCGUGUCGACAUGAUCAUGCUACCUGAGUGCUUCAAUUCACCAUACAGUGUGGAUCAAUUCCCAAAAUAUGCUGAAUCAUUUUCGGGCAUCUAUGAACAGAUCAAACAAGGAGGCCGGACCUCAACAUCGCGUGGCUCAAGGUCCUGGCCCGUCGAUAAUCUGAACAACGAACGCCCCUUGACACUGACGUCAGACUUUUUUCAAAAAAGUCCUACACUUGAAAUGCUAUGCAAUGUAGCAAAGGAAACAGGUACCGUCCUGGUUGGUGGCAGUGUUCCAGAGUGGGAUGAGAAAACGGGUCGUCUCUAUAACACAAGCUGUGUGCUUGAUGCACAGGGCCGACUCAUUUCUCUGCACCGAAAACUUCAUCUCUUCGACAUUGAUAUUCCAGGAAAAAUGACAUUCCAGGAAAGUCUAACACUCACAGCCGGGGAUCGCUUGACCAUAUUUGACUGUGAUCUGGGUAGAUUUGCAUUAGGCAUUUGCUACGAUCUGCGUUUUCCAGAAAGCGCGCAGAUCGCCUCGCGUUUAGGCGCCAGCACUAUUUUGUACCCGGGCGCAUUCAACACCACGACAGGUCCCGUUGCCUGGGAGUUACUUCUACGUGCCCGCGCCAUUGACAACCAGGUGUAUACAAUCGGAUGUUCACCCGCGCGGCCUCCUGCUGGGUAUCCGGCCUGGGGCCACAGCACGGUCGUCGAUCCGCUCGGCCAGGUGAUCAGCACGUGUGAUGAAAAAGAAACCGUCGUAUAUGCUACACUUCACCCGGAACGCAUUGCAGAAGUGCGCAAGACAGUGCCUGUAUCAUCGCAGCGCCGCUUUGACGUGUAUCCUGACGUGGCGUCUGUCUAG